GAGCUUCAACGGCUCCAAAUCCACUCUGAAACUCCACCUCUCUGCUAUUUACUCACUCAAACAUUAAUGUCCCGCUCUUUUAAUUUUCUUCCAGCUGAAAACCACACAAAACAAUUACUCUCUGUUUGAUUUGUUUAGAGACCAAAUGCAAGAGCAAGCGACGAGCUCCCUUGCCGCGAGCUCUCUCCCGUCGAGCAGCGAAAGGUCUUCGAGCUCUGCAUUCCAAGUUGAAGUUAAAGAAGGCAUGGAAAGUGAUGAGGAGAUCAGGAGAGUGCCGGAGAUUGGCGGUGAAUCGGCCGGAGCGUCAAUCUCCGGUAGGGAAACCGGUUCGUUGGCCGGUCCGGACCGGGCCCAAGUGGUAGGUGAGGGGCAAAGAAAGAGAGGAAGAAGUCCAGCUGACAAGGAAAGCAAGAGGCUGAAGAGGUUGUUAAGGAACAGAGUCUCAGCACAGCAAGCAAGGGAGAGGAAGAAGGCAUACUUGAGUGAUUUGGAAGUGAGAGUCAAAGACUUGGAGCAGAAAAACUCAGAGCUUGAGGAGAGGCUUUCCACUUUGCAGAAUGAGAAUCAGAUGCUUAGACAUAUACUGAAGAACACAACGGCAAGCCGGAGAGGAGCAGGCAGUAAUGCAAAUGCAGAUGGAUCCUUAUAGGAAAGUGUGUGAGAUCGGAGUGUUCAUAAAGAGGAAUUGUGAGAGGAAAAGCGGAAGCAAUACGACUUUAGUAUUCCAACCAUACAUGGAAACGUCACAAGGGAAGGACCUAGGCAUACUUAAUCAUAGAUUAGCAUUUCCUGCAAGUUAUGUUCACUAGUAGUUCAUUUGCAUGCCACUCGGUACUUUUCUCUAUGCAAUAUGGUGCAGAUCUUGUGUCAACUGUAGUAACAGCAGCGGGUGCAGGCAUGACCAUUUACCAAAAAUGGGAAAAGGUCGUUCUUGUUGGUAGUGCAAUGACAGGGGCACAAGCUUUUGUGAAAAUGGUAAGGCAGUGGUGAUUGCUUGUAGGGUUUAGGCUUGCCGCGGC